AUGGAAGAUCUGCCAUCCUCAGACCUGGAAGAUUUGUGCUUUCACAUCAACACGAAGAUAUCCACUAUUAAAAAGACUCUUCAGUUAAGAAGCAUAGGUCAAGAGCCAUCCCUCAGAUCCAUGCUGUGUAAAACAGGACAAGAGAUGGCUCUUCUCCACGACCUCCUGAAUAAAACAGAAGCAGAAGUUCGAGAGCAAGAAAAACUGAAGAAUUUGCUCAAAGAGCUGCAGAAGUCUGCUGAGAGAGAGCAACUUGAAGCAAGGCACCUCUCUGAAAACAUCCCUACCCAUCUGCCUAAACCAACUCAGAGCUGCCCUGCUGGGCCUGCUGUGAAAUGUGAAGAACAAACCAAAGCUGUAGAACCUGAACGUGCAAAGAAAGCCACCAAAGAGCCAAGAGUCAUUAAAGAAAUCACCUUAAUAACUGCAGAGGAAUUUGAAAAUGUUCCUGGCUACAUGAAAGGUCGUUUGACAUACGAGCAGAUCAACACUGUUGUCCAAGACCUGAACAAAGCCUUGCAGAGCAAAUACAAGAUCCUGCAUCAGCCUUUGAAAUCUAUGAGUGCCCCAGUCAGGAAUCUCUACCACAGGUUCCAGGAAGAAGAAACAAAGGACACAAAAGGCAAGUUCUUUAUCGUGGAGGCUGAUAUCAAAGAGUUCACCCAACAGAAAGUGGACAAACGUUUCCAUGGCAUCCUGGACAUCCUACGUCACUGCCAGAGGCUGAGGGAGGUCCGUGGCUCCAGGCUCGUCCGCUACGUCGUCUGCUGA